AUGGGGAAUCCAACAGCUCAACCUCCCAAGCGUGGACGCAAGAAGAAUUUAGCCAACAGGAAGCCCAAGAGUGAAGCUGUCAAGAAGAAAGCUCGCUCUCUGUCUCCCAAACCGACAUCUGGUGUUGCCUCUGUGACUCCGCCGCCACCUUCCAGUCGUCGUUCUCGUCCUGCUCGCCGAGCUUCCACUGGUCAGCUAGAGAACAACCAUGUGACUUCUCCUGUAGCCCGUCGAUCCAGCACUGGUGGUCUGGUUGCAGGCUUGACUGAGGAACAACGCCAACGACAACAGGCAGUGGAAGAAUAUCUUCUAGCCAGCGACUCAGAUGACGAGCUUGGGAUCCAAACCGGCGUCCUGUGUUUGAGUCCGAUUCUGACAACGAAGGAGAUCUUAGUGACGAUGAGUGGGAACUGGAUGAGGAAGAUGAGAUAUUUCCGAUGGAGUCACUCUUGA